CAACACUGAGAUGUAUCCUUCACUAUGGGGAAUGACAGACUUCCUCAGUUAUAUCUUGUGCUACUUCUCAUCCUGCUUUCUGUCAAUGACUCAGGCUCUACAGAAUCGCAGUAUAUGGUAUUGGUCCUGUCCCUGCUACAUACUGAGACUCCUGAGAAGGCCUGCCUCCUUCUGAGCUACCUGAAUGAGACAGUAACUGUAAGUGCUUCCUUGGAGUCUCUGAGGGGAAACAGAAGCCUCUUCACUGACCUGGUGGCAGAGAAGGACUUAUUCCACUGCUUCUCCUUCACUCUCUCAAGGAUCUCAACCUCUUCAGAGGUGGUAUUCCUUACUGUUCAGAUAAAGGGACCUACACAAGAUUUCAGGAAGAGGAACACAGUGCUGGUAAAGAACUCUCAAAGUCUGGUCUUUGUCCAGACCGACAAAUCCAUCUAUAAACCAGGACAGACAGUAAGAUUCUGUGUGAUCUCCGUGGAUGAAAAUUUUCACCCUCAAAACGAACUAAUUCCAUUUAUAUACCUUGAGAACCCAAGAAGAAAUCGAAUUGCACAAUGGCAAAGUCUAAAGUUACAGAGUGGCCUCAAUCAAUUGUCCUUUCCCCUCUCAUCAGAGCCUAUUCAGGGCUCUUACAAGGUGGUAGAACAGACAGAAUCAAAUGGAAAGAUAGAACACUCCUUCACUGUGGAAGAAUUUGUGCAUCCCAAGUUUGAGGUCAAGGUUCAAGUGCCAAAGAUAAUCAGUAUACUGGAUGAAAAAGUAAACAUAUUAUUAGUAUGUGGGAUAUACACCUAUGGAAAGCCUGUCCCAGGACUUGCAGCAGUGAGCAUGUGCAGAAAAUUACUUCACUUUUGGGAUUGUCAUGAGCCAGAGUACUGUGACAACUUCAGUCAACAGAUGAUGGGUCAUGUGGGGAAGCACAUGUUGUCAACUGUACUGGGCUCAAGAAAAGUUUCUUUCUUUUCAAUUUUUGAAUUUCAGAUCAUUAAGGGAGGCAUUAUCAGAUCAGGAGCUCAAGCUCUGCCCGUAGAGUCAGGAGACAUGAAAGGCAGUUUUUCCUUGUCUUUCCCUGUGGAGUCGGACAUUGCUUCCAUUGCACGAAUGUUCAUCUUUACCAUUUUACCAAAUGGAGAAGUUAUUGGAGAUUCUGAACAUUUUGAGCAUUUGAACUGUUUAACCAACAAGGUGGAUUUGAACUUCAGUCCAGCGCGUCUUCCAACCUCACAUAUCCACCUGUGAGUCACAGCUGCUCAGCAGUCCUUCUGUGCCCUCCAUGCUGUGGACCAAAGCGUGCUCAUGAAACCUGAGGCUGAGCUCUCCCCAUCCUCGGUAUAUAAUCUGCUCACUGUGAAAGAUCUCACUGAUUUUCCUGACAAAGUGGACCAGCAGGAAGAACAAGCAGGUUGUACUCAUUCUUAUGUCAUUCACAGAGGAACUGUCUAUGUUCCCUUGCCAAGUGAUGAUGAAGAAGAUAUGUAUAGCUUCCUCAAGGGCGUGGGACUAAAGGUGUUCACCAACUCAAAAAUUCGAAAAUCAAAGUCAUGUUCAGUCACCUUUACAUCUAUUAGAAGCAGAAAGGCAAAGAUUUUACGGAGACUGUUGUUGUCUCUUACUGUAGUCACAGCAGGAAUGGCAGCAAGUCCGUAUAAUUUUCAUUUAGCUUCUAUGAUAAAUAAUGUGCAAAGUCUAGAACCAGUCCCUGAAACGGUGCAGAGCUAUUUCCCUGAGACCUGGAUCUGGGGGCUGGUGGUGGUGGACUCAUCAGGUGCAGCUGAGGUAGGAGUAACAGUCCCUGACACCAUCACUCAUAGGAAGGCGGGGGCCCUCUGCCUAUUGGAAGACAAUGGACUUGGCCUCUCUCCCACUGCCUCUCUCCGGGCCUUCCAGCCCUUCUUUGGGGAGCUCACAAUGCCCUACUCCGUGGUUUGCAGAGAGGCCUUCACGCUCAAGGCCACCGUUUUAAACUACCUUCCCAAAUGCAUCUGGGCCAAUGUGCAGCUGAAAGCCUCUCCAGUCUUUCUAGUUUCCCAAAAUAAAAACAAAGAAAAAUCCUACUGUAUCUGUGGAAAUGAGCGACAAACCUCGUCUUGGACAGUGACUCCUAAAACUCUGGGAAAUGUGAACUUCUCGGUGAGUGUAGAGAUGAUUCAGUCCCUAGAAUUGUGUGGAAAUGAGGUUACUGAGGCCCCUGAAAUUGGGAGGAAAGACACCCUAUGGGUGGAGCCUGAAGGGAUUGAGCAAGAGAAAACUUUCAACUCCAUGACCUGUGCUUCAGGUGCUGAUAUGUCUGAGCAGCUGUCUCUGAAACUCCCAUCAAAUGUGGUCAAAGAAUCUGCCAGAGCCUCUUUCUCAGUUUUGGGUGACAUACUAGGUUCUGCUAUGGAAAACAUACAAAAUCUCCUACAGAUGCCCUAUGGCUGUGGAGAACAGAACACGGUCCUAUUUACUGCUAAUAUCUAUGUCUCGAAUUAUUUGAAUGGAACUCCACAGCUGACUCAGGAAACUAAGGCCAAGGCCACUGGCUAUCUCGUCAGUGGUUACCAGAGACAGCUGAACUACAAACACCAAGAUGGCUCAUAAAGCACCUUUGGAGAAAAAUAUGGCAGGAAUGAGGGCAACAUUUGGCUCACAGCCUUUGCACCGAAGACUUUUGUUCAGGCUCAAACCUACAUCUUCAUCAACGAAGCACACGUCACCCAAGCCCUCAGGUGGCUCUCCCAAAAGCAGAAAGACAAUGGCUGUUUCAGGAGCUCUGGAUCACUGUUCAACAACGCCAUGAAGGGAGGAGUAGAAGAUGAAGUGAAUCUCUCCGCCUAUGCCACUAUUGCCCUUCUAGAAAUUCCUCUCCCAGUCACUCACCCUGUUGUUCGCAAUGCCCUGUUCUGCCUGGAGUCAGCCUGGAACACAGCAAAGGAGGAGACACACAGAAGCCACGUCUACACCAAGGCAUUGCUGGCCUAUGCUUUUGCCCUAGUGGGAAACCAAAACAAGAGUAGAGAAAUACUGAACUCACUUCAUGAGGAAGCUGUGAAAGAAGACAACUCAGUCCAUUGGGAACGACCCCGGGCAUCUGUGGUGCAUUUUUACCAACCCCAGGCUCCCUCUGCUAAGGUGGAGAUGACAUCCUACAUGCUCCUUGCUUCCCACACAGCCCAGCCAGUCCCAGCUUCAGAGGACCUGACUUCCGCAACACACAUUGUAAGGUGGAUCACAAGGCAACAGAAUUCCCAUGGCGGUUUCUCCUACCUCCAGGACACCGUGGUGGCUCUCCAUGCCCUGUCCAGAUGUGGGGCAGCAACGUUCACCAGAACUGGGAAAACUGCACGGGUCACUAUUCGGGAUUUACAAAUCUUUUCCACAAAUUUCCACGUAAACAACGGCAACCUCCUGUUACUGCAGCAGAUCUCAUUGCCAGAGCCACCUGGAGAGUAUGUCAUAAAAGUAACUGGGGAAAGAUGUGUUUAUCUUCAGACAUCCAUGAAAUACAAUAUUCUUCCAGAGAAGGAGGACUACCCAUUUGCUUUGAAAGUACAAACGCCCCAAACUUGUGAUGGACCCAAAGCCCACACAAGGUUUCAGAUUUCACUGAACAUCAGUUACACAGGGAGCCAUCCUGUUUUCAAUAUGGUGAUCAUUGAUGUAAAGAUGGUAUCUGGUUUUAUUCCCCUGAAACCAACAGUAAAAAUAUUCCCUAAUUUUCUUCAUCUUGAAAGAUCCACCUAUGUGAGCCGGACGGAAGUUCUAGGUUCUUGAUUACUCUUAUUUUUCUUUUAGGUGACAAAUCUGACACUAAGUUUUUCCUUCUCGGUUCUGCAAGACAUCCCAGUAAGAGAUCUGAAGCCAGCAAUUAUCAAAGUCUACGAUUACUAUGAGACAG